UAAAUGUGAGCGUUUUCGGUGAACAAAAGAGGUUCUAUUAAAACUGAGCGAAGGUAUGGUAAAUGCGGAAGUGAAAAAUUAACGAUUUAACUUUUUGUUCGCCACUUUUACCAUUGAAAUUACUUGUAAACAAUGGACGACGCAAAAGGCCCACCUCCAGCAUACGAGGCGGCUACCCCGCAGCGUCAUGAGGGCUACGGCUAUGACCAGGAAUAUCCCCCGAACUAUGCACCUGUAGGAAGUGUGAUCCAAUCUUCAAGUUCGUUUGUGGUCGUUAACCAGCCGACGCAGAACAUUAUGUACGAGGUGCAGCCGAGGCCGCCAGAUUAUACGGGUUUGGCAAUCUUUUCUUGCCUCUGCUGUGUCUGGCCAUUAGGUCUGGUGGCCAUCAUCCUUGCGAUCCAGGCGAGAUCCCUCGCUGAUAAUGGUCACUACGAUGAUGCCAAAAGGAGGUCGAAUUUCGCACUAGGAUUCAUCAUUGCAAGCGUCAUCGUAGGCAUCGUCUUCAUCAUAGUUUUGGUCGUACUCCGCACAGGCACCUAUAGAAGCUAUUGAACAUGUCUUAAGGGCCAUUUAAUGUGUAUUUGAUUAAAAAACGUACUCAGAUUAUGAUCUUUUGCUUUAUAUUUCGCUGUUUUAAACCUCUUAGUUUAUUUGCGUUUAAAUUUCUGAUGUGAUUAUUGAUUGUAUUUUUUCUUAUGCUAAACAAUGGCGAUUGCGCACUAACCUUUAUAAUUAUAUAUGUGUAUCUUCAUUUUACCAUAAUUGUCUUAUCGGGUUAAGUUCUGGAUUAAAACCGCUACCAUGCUAGCCUCAAAUGUAAUCAUAAAACAAUCUUAAAUACCAUACGUAUCGUGUUAUGAAACUAUAUCUUCUUUUACACGAUUUAUCAUGUAAUUGAUAACUCUCGAUAUGCAUAACACCAUUGUGGAAGUGGU